CCAAUAUAUCAAUGAAGAAGAAGAAGAAGAAGAAGAAGAAGAAGAAGAAGAAGAAGAAGAAGAAGAAGAAGAUAAAAGGCAACAUUCAGUGAAGAUCAUUUACAAUUCAUGAGUAUCCAUGACAUUGUGAUUAUAAAUAGAUCAUUAUUAUCUUGAUUAUUAUUAUUAUUACCAAGAUUAUAAAUACUAGAAGUACUUGAAGAAAAGGAUCAUAAAUGAAUUUAAUUUCAAUAUUUUCUUACAUAAUUGAUGAUUAUUAAUAAUAAAUAGAGCAAAUAUGUAUUUCAAUCUCUUCAUUAAUCUCUUAUUUACAUGGAAGUAUAUAACAUGUAUAAUAUAUGAUUUUCAAAGAUAUCCAUUUUCAAUUGAUGAUGAUCAUGAUAAUGAUGAUGAAUUUCAAAAUGAGUUAAUUAGACAAAACGAUUUCUUUAUUGGCUUUAAUGAAUUCUGGCCAUUAAGAAAUGUGGACGACUAUUUAGGGGUGGUAUCCUCUGUUAAAGCAACGGAUCAAUCCGCUUCAAAUGUUUAUGUUUUACAUCGUGGUGAUCGAGUAUGGGAUCAAAAUACAUUUGAUGAUCGAGAUAAUUACCGUCUCAAUAAGUCUGAACCUAUACAAAAAGGAGUUUUAGUACAAAUCUUUAAUGGAGAGAUUAAAAGAACCUAUUUUCCUUUCAAAUUCUUCCUUCCUCAUGGGCUUACAAUAGAUCCAGAUGGAAAUUUCUGGAUUACAGAUAUAGCUUUACAUCAAGUUUUUAAAUUCUCGUCAAAUUUAUCAAGUGAACCACUAUUAACACUUGGUGAACGUUUUAAACCUGGUUCAAGUGAAAAUCAAUUUUGUAAACCAACGGACGUAGUAGUUUCUUCAAAUGGACAAGUUUUUAUCUCUGAUGGGUAUUGUAAUAAUCGGAUUGUGAAAUUUAAUGAAAAUGGAGAAUUUCUAAAAUCAUGGGGCUACGAAACAAAAGGUAAUUGAAAUUAUUGUUUUUAUUGUUAGUUUAUUUUAUUUUAUUUGAACACAUAAAUAUUGGUACAAUGAGGCGCCAAAUACAUAUGCGCCACACAAAUCUCAUUCGAUAUGUGUGAGGGCUGUGAUACUGCCCGGGUGCCCAAACCGAAGCAGGUAGUUUUCUUAGGGGGCCACACCCCGAGCCUUCGACCUAAAGGUCUGAUCCACAAGGCAGUGGAGCAACGUUAGGAGAUGCAGUCCCAUGGUAGCCGGUGACCAACGAUUGGUUCAUACGCUAUUUGUUCCCGCAGGAUAAUGGAGCCCAUGUGCACCAUUGGUUUGGGAUCCGGUUAAAGCACCGGACAUUCGCUUUCCGUCCUCUCAGUUUCGUAAACAACACCCCCGCUAUGAGAAUGCAGUGAAUAGGACUUCCCUGGCAGAUUCUGUAUACGCGUGACCAUGUGAGAGAAUUUCGAGAGGGAGGGAGAACCCACCCCGCUCUCGGCCAUACCAGGGCAUUUGGGGGCUAAGUGUCCAUAGCACAAGGCCUCGUCUCAUUAAAAAAAGUAAUAUUUCCAAUGAAAAUGAUCGAUCAUAUCAAUACGCUGUUUCCUAACGGGGCUUGACCAUGCCUACUAUAUUAUAACAGAAGCUAAAAGGAUUAGAAUCUAUAGCCUAAUCCAUGUAUUCAGAAGAAACUUAUAACACCCUUUUUCUCCCUUGGUCGGAUAGGGGUUAACAAGUGAUUUACUGGUUAAUAUUAUUAGUAAUAUUCAUAUCUUUUGCUCUUUUUUUCAUCCUUUUUUCAAAUAUAUUCUUCACUGUCUAAUUCAUCUGAACACUCUUUAUUACGUAAAUUUUAACAAUUGUUAAAAAUGAUUACUCUAAUGUCUGCUUUUUCCUAAUUUUUGACCCACUUCUCGUGUUAAAACAUUAAUUUAAGCUCUUAUUAUUUCUAUGACAACUGGUAGAACUAUCAUCACAUUUUGCUUAUUAUAGUUUAGUUACGUAAUUUCUAAAACUAUAUUAUAGUGACGAACUUCAGACGGCCAAUCAGAUUCGAAACAGUAUCUAUACACUUUGUGCAACAUUCAAAACGUAGUGAAGAAUAAGAUGCAUCUUAUAAAAAAAAAUAGAUAUAACUUGUUCAUAAUUAGUUUUAAAUAGUAUGUCUUACUACCGGUGGAAGUGGAUAGGACACACAUUAAGGAAAGCACCCAACUGCGUCACAAGACAAGCCCUCACAUGGAAUCCUCAAGGCCAAAGGAAAAGAGGAAGACCAAAGAACAAAUUACGCCGAGAAAUGGAGAUAGAUAUGGGAAAAAUGAACAAGAAUUGGAUGGAACUAGAAAAGAAGGCCCAGGACAGAGUGGGUUGGAGAAUGCUGGUCAGCGGCCUAUGCUCCAUUGGGAGUAACAGGCGUAAGUAAGUAAAGUAAGUAAGUACUACCGGUACGCUUAAACUGCCUUCCUAGCCAGUUCCAAUAUUUACAACUACUCUCAUAUGUUAACUGGAACGCUAAAGGGAAGGCGAGAAGUAUGAAAAGAACGCUUUACUCGAAGGUUUGUUUAUUUACAGAAAAACAAGAGUAUUUAUAGAGUUACAUACCGCCUUGAGCUUCACUAAUUUCCUAAACUAUACUAAAUAUAGUAAUAGAAAAAGGUAAAUACCCAAUCAAAACUGUAGCACGUGAUUCUGCAUUUUCGAGGUGUUUCCACAAAGAUACUAUUCAACGUUGAUUGAAUAAAACAUUUCUUGACGAUCAUGGGCCUCCUGGGUAUUUUUGAGACUUUAACAUUAAAGUUUUAGUCUCCAAUAAUUGUUUAUAUUCAACCACACAAUCAUUUAGACAUGAUGCGUAAGCUAAAUUGAUAGAAAUACUCAUCUGAGCGUCUAUGAUAUGAUUCAUGGACUAGUUCAACAUGUUUUUGUGGGAUUAUGAAGUAGUCUCAAAUGCUCACUUCAUAUUCUAAACAUAGUACUGAGUACUAUAACUCUCCUGACCCUUUUAAUCCUAACCCUAACACUAAACCUUAACACUUCUAAAAGCUCACUCCCAACUCUGAUUCUUGACUUUAACCGGACACCUAAUCAUUAAAAGCUAACUUUUCUUUUCUUAAUUAUGUUAGGAGUAUUUAUCUACCAUAAAUUUCUCAUAUUCCACCAUAAGUUUCAUCGUAUCUAAACAUUGUCCCCUAGUGACUCAGUAGGUUAGGCGUUCACGCGCGAGACUGAAGGCCCUGGGUUCGAAACCCGCGAUCGAGAUUGUGGAUGCCCACUGCUGAGGAGUCCCGUACUGGGACAAAUCGGUCGUCCAAUGCUUUCAGGUUUCCAAUGGUGGUUUAACAUCAGUCGGUUCAUGAUCUCCACAACCCCUAUACUAUUGCUUUAAAUUCUAAUGUAUCAUCACCCAUUGGGCUGCUUAUUUCUAAUACCAACUAACUUUUUCAAAUAGUUUGAAGUUAUACAUGUAAGGAUUCAUAUUUUCUCGCGAAUUAUCAGUCUCUCGGAGACUAUGUGGAUUUCACCUCGUCCAGCUUAAAUCUCAGUGUGAACAUUAAUACUAGUGUACACUGGUGUACAACAAGCUGGCAUGCUCGUAAACGGAAAAAUGCAAAUCGUUUAAUUAUACUUUGAAUGACUGAAUUGUGUUUUUAAUUCCAAUGGGAUAUUGGAGUUUAAGUUUAAGGUUCACUGUGUAAAUCUCUGAGAAAUUUUAAAUUACUAUAAAAGUGUAUAAGAACGUUGGAGAGAUUGUUGAAUUUGGUAGUUUCUAUCACGGAUUCACUCUAGUCAAACAACCAUUAGCACUCAAGAAGCACUACACAGGUGCUUUGUCCUAGUAAUCCAUAGGAACUCUUCCAAUAGGGAUUAAACCUAGGGUCUUUAAGUCACUCUACGAGCGCUUAACAUUUAAGCCACUGAGUCGGCAUCCAUUGGUUUAAAUUAAAACUUCAGUCGAUCCGUGAUAUUCAGAAAUUAUCUCCUAGUUAAGGUCAUUUCAUAGUUUUGAUUGGUUAAAAUAGUUUUUCAAUUCAUGACGAUUAAUUGCCUAAAACGUUUUAAGAUAAUUUCUUGAUGAGAAAGUGACAUUUAUGCUUACGUUGAAUCUUUUCACUGUUCAUGAUGAUAUCCAGCUUAACGGUGAGACUAAUUUUUGUUCAGGUUCAAAAAGCAGUUGCAUUGUGUAUAGAAAACAUGAUAGACGAUGCUUUUCUGUUUUCGUAGUUCUAAUUUGAAGCUGUAAGCAGCAGUGGAGUUCAAUAAGAUCAGAAAUUUGUAUGGAUAGCCCUGAUGACAGUGGAUAAUAAUUGCACGAUAUAGCGAAUUAAUUAAAGCUGGGAAUACGAAACAUUGAGAUACAAUUCAAUGAUCGAAAUGGUAACUUACUCAAGAUAAAGAUUCGCUUGUCUACUGGAGGGUGAUUCUAAAUCAGGAAAAAGCGAUUGUGCCCCAGUGAUCCUUGAUUAUCAAUAAUAACUUAGAUGUGAUCACUUCAUGAAACGAAGGUCUUCGAGAAGCAUCCUACCUGUGGCUACUCAUUAUUAAUCCAGUAGUGUAUAAUUCUUUAUGUAAUUUACGGAUGUUGUAAUUUUUUAAAUAUUUUUGAAAGAUUCAGAAUCUCCAGGACCAUAUGAUUUAAAUAUUCCGCAUCAGCUAUCUUUAUUGGAAGAAGAAGAUGCAAUAUGUGUGGCAGACAGAGAAAACAAACGUAUUGUAUGCUACAUAGCUGGUUUAUAUUCGACAACAUCAGAUAGUACCGGUGAUUAUCUAUUUGAGUACAAACAACCAGAGAUGAGAGCAAUCUAUGGCAUCGCCAUUGAACCUUCAACUAAAUUAAUAUUUGCUCUUGUGGGCUCUACACCUAAUGAAGAUAAUUCAUACGUGGAAAUUAUUGAUUUUAAUUCACAAGAGUUAAUUGGUGAAAUCAGAAAUCAAUCGAAAACAGGAUUCGGUAAUGUUCAUUCUAUAACAACAUGUCCAUACAACAAAGGAAUAAGUUGUAUACUAUUCUGUAAUACAAAUUUACCAUCACAACUAAAUCAACCGGUAUUAUCAAAUCAAACUCAAAGAAUUAAAAGUAUUUCAAAAUAUCAAGAAGAUUUCAAUCAUGAACAACUUGAACGACGUUUAUGGCUUUAUCAUUUACGAUUUAACUCUGAAUACAAUUAUUAGAUGAAUGAAAUCAUGUUAUCAAUGUUAUAAUGGAAUAGUAGUGAUAGUCAACACAAAUAUAUGGUUUAAACAAAUCACUAUUUUAUGAUCUUUAUUGAAAAUGUUUUGAUUGGUCCAUAAUAACCAAUCAGAACCCUGAAAUUGCACCAUUUUAGCUCCUUUCGUAUGGUACUGAUAAAUCUUAUAAGGGAACGCUUAAAUCAGUUUCCUAAGCUCUUUCAAUAACAUCAGGCUAAAUCUACACGAUGAAUCGAACACGAAAAAAGGCAUGAAAUGUAUAAAGAACGCUUUACUCCAAGCUUAGUUUACGUACAGAAAAUCAAGGGUAUUUAUAGCAUUUCAGAUAGCCUUGGUCUUCUGGAAUCCCACUAAAAAUAGUAACAGGAUAGGUGACCAUCCAGUCAGAGAUGUGACUCUUCAUUUUCUAGAUGUUUCUGAAGAACUAUUGAAUGCUGGUUGGAUAAAAUGUUUCCCAGCGAUAGUAAUAUCUCAUAGUAACACACUUAGGGGUAUUAUGAUUGUGGAUCGUUAGACGAUAUAAAUCUCUAGUAAGAUUGAGUACGGCUAACAUUGCUCAGCUACUUAACAGUAAACUAUAUAGUGAUGCAUUUUACUGAGAGGUCAAUUACUAUUUUAAAGAGGGAAAAAAUAGGUAAGAACCUCAUGUAUUUCUAGGUUUACCGCUUUUUGUAUGUUUCAGAUUAUACCAAACGCUUAUUUGCAAAAUGUAAAUAUAAACUGUAUCCUAUUUAACUAGGAAAAAUCAUACUCAACUCUAUCCCAGUCAACAAACUUCAUCAAUUAGAAUUACUUGAUAGAUUGUGUAAUUAGAUCUUCUGAAACCUUGCACAACUCUUAAAUAAACAGCCUAAAAGACCUGAAGAGAUAAUUUAGGAAUAGCUGGAAGAUUACUAUCAAUCUAAAAACUUAAGCGUGACUAUCGUAACCAAUGAUUGGAGACUCUUGGUGACAUGGCUCAGAAUCGAUCACAAUGGCGUCAGUGUAUACACUCUCUGUAUUCCCUUAAACUAAGAGAUUAAAAUCGCUUCAUAUAUUUCUUUCUACGAACUAAUUCUUUCUUCCUGUACUAUAUCCUUAUUGCAAUCUUUCUUUUAUAUAUUACCACCUCUGAAUUAACUACUUUUAUGAAUCCAGUGUCCAUCUUGUUGUGUUAAUGAGGUAUGGCAACUUGGACCGAUGCAUAUAUGUGCCUGGUCCCACGUUGUAGCUGACUGACUAGCAUAAUGUAACUGCAUGGCAAAAAUAGUUAUUAGAGAAACUUUCUUAUAACAUGAAAAUCGUUUUCUUACCAUAACAAUUAAUUUGAAUACUUGUAACUUAAUGGCAAUUAUCGAAACAAUCCGCAUAGAAUACACAUAUAUCAAUAAGAGACUAAUUAAUUGUAGUAAUGAGAUGGUGGGGAUUUGUAGGUCGGGUCGAUGAUUUUGAUAGUUUUAUUCUCAAAGUUGGAUAGUUUGAUCAUGAAGAUUUUAUUGUUAUCCACGAUUAAAUCAUCCAAUUCAGAGAAUAAAACUAUCGAAAUUGUAAUAGUCCUGAGCAUCAAUGAGA